UUAUUUUAUCUAAUUUCAUUGUAUUUCUCUUCGUUCAUCGCGUCCUUUGGACCGACGACGGUCGAUUGAUAUUACUCAACAAAAUACCAUCGAUUGCCUACGUGUUACAUCGAAGUACGUAUACCGCUAUUCUGCGGACGAAUCCUACAGCGAGACCAAGAUACGCGAGCGACGACCCUCCUAUUUCCUUUGAAUAAGAUACAUAUCCUUUUUCUCGGCGUUGCUAUGGUGUAAAACAAUCAGAUUGUUCUCGACGCUUUAAUCCCCUGUGCCUAACAACGGCUCUCAAAGAACUAGAAUAAUACAAAACAAACACCAUCCCCAUCCGACCCCAUCUUUUUCGCCAAUAUGCCGUUCGAACCACAGUUAGUCAUGCAUGGUCAUGGUCAGUUCUUCGAAUCCGCCGCCCGCGGCGGUGCCUUGUCCGGUGUCCAUCCGGGACUAUUCCAACCUCCCGUAUCAUCACCCGCUUCGCAUUCAUCGUAUAUGGGGAAAUCUACAGGAAGUGGAUACUCGAAUAACUCGACCCCUAUCCACAAAGUGAAAAGGAAACGGCACGGACCCAAAGGGGUAACACCACCUGGGGAUUGGGCUAUGGCCACGAGCGAUGCCGGAUUGAGUAACGACGGUGUCCGCACGGAUAGGUCCGAGGGAGGUCAGUUAACGGGAGAAGGGGAGAAACAAUAUGUUCUGGCUGGCCAGAUGGAAACUCCAAAUGGGGUAGCUCCCAGGGACAUCACAACUGCGAUGGAGGAUAGUAUCUAUUCUGAUGUCGAUUAUAGACGCGCAUUAGGUUCCAAACGCAAUCGUUCUGAUAUGGAUAUGAACAAUACGGCUCCGUCGCCGACUCGGUCACAACAAAAUGGUUGGGGUUCAUUUGCUAUCAACACCAUCGGCGGAGUUGUUGGUAAGGUAUUUCAAUUUUGCAAAUCUGGUGUUUUUAGAGGUUUUUAUGCUGGAGGAGGGAAAGGAUAUGAUAUAAGGACAUCACAAAGACCACAAUCGAGCUCAAGUGGUCAGGUUUGGUGCAAUGAGCACGACAUUCCCACACUUCCAGACCUCGGCCCUAGAAUGACCCCGGGCGCAUUUCCCCAGUCGGACCCGUCGCCAACCCCUUACGAGCGAGGAACGCCCGAGUCGACACCACCCCCAGCGGCAAAGCGACGACAGAUUACGGAUAAGGACGAACUUCGUAUAAAUUGGGUUAUGGUUCAGGAACCAGCAGAUUCCUUAAAGCCGAGGCCGCAGAGUAUGGCAUCCCAAGCAUCGUUAGGCCGUACUACUCCACAGGGUUAUCCAUCAAUUACUCGUCGACGUAUUAAUAGGCCUAUCAGCCGUAUCAACUCGCCGAGUCUCGGCCGACGUCAGUCUACUAGAUUAAGUCACGCCGGUUCCUCCGUAUCCCAACGCGAGUCAGCCAGUUUUGCUUCUCCUCGAGUUCAGUCCCCAGCCCUACCACCCACUCCUAGCAGAAUCCCUAUUCCGAGUCGACCGCAAACCCCGGACCGAACGUCGCCUGUCCGCCUUUCGCAACAACCUUCCUUCAUUCCCAGCCCUAGCGUCCACCAGAAGCGCAGCCAUCGGAGAAACCAUAGUACGGCAUCUGCCGCGUCUGGUAGAGUAAACCGGCGGGAUUCGGUACAGGAAUUUGAGGAUAACAGCCCCCGACUAGAUGCCGAGGCAAAGAAUUUAGCUGCUAUAAGGAUACAAGAGGAGAUGGAGACAGAUAUUAGAAUGAACGAUUUCAAUGCGAGGUUAAGAGAUAUGAUUCGACAAGGAAAGGAGGCUUUGGGGACUACGAUUGAGGUCGAGUCCUAUGGAAAUAGUGGGGAUGUGGAUCCCUGGGAGGACGAUUGAAGAACGAAAGAUUUAAAGGGUGGGAGAUAGGUCAUGAGGUUUUGUUGUGAUGAUGAAGUGGCUAUGUGCCUAACGACUUCGCUCGGGGCCUCAAAAGGGGGCGUUUUUAAUGAUAUUUUAAUGAUGUUCAUGGUAUGUUUUGAAGGCUAUGAUUCAAUAGGGGCUUGAUACCAACUUCUGUUUUCUUUUACUUUUGUUUUGUUGGAACUACGGCGACUAUGCCUACUUAGAUACAGCUACAGCUAGCUAAACGAACCGCUUGACCAUUCGGUUGGAAGCGGACUAUUUGUAUAAAAAAUUAAUUGUUACAACACGCAGUUUCCAUGAUUGAUAUCGCGAA